AUGCCGGACACGACUGUGGUGGCCUCCGACCACGCAGGCAACGGCGAAGCUCUCGUGGUGCUCUCUUUGAGGUACAAGCCAACAAGUGGAAGGAAUGUUGUUGUUGAAACUGUUGCUCAACUCAUGGAUCCUAAGGUGAUGGAGGAAGGGGCCGUGGUCGAGGCCGAGGAGGCCGUGGACCAUCUCCACAAGGGGACCUCCUCAAGAGCAAUGCAUGCAAUGUGUGAAAACCAAAAGAGAUUUUCGGAGGACCUACAACUACGUCUAACGGAAGCUGAGAAAAAAAUUGUGGAUGGAGAGAAGUUGCGCAAAAAGCUACAUAACAAUGAUCUUAAAGGAAAUAUUCGUGUUUUCUGCCGAAUACGACCUGUAAUCUCAAAUGAAUCACUAGCCUUUUAUUUUGAUGGAGCAAAUGAUGGAGACAUUGGGAUUAUGAAUGGAGGAACAACAAAAAAGACAUUCAAGUUUGACCGAGUCUACACCCCAAAGGAUGACCAAGCUGAGGUUUACGCCGAUGCAUCUCCACUAGUCACGUCAGUGCUAGAUGGAUACAAUGUGUGCAUCUUUGCAUACGGACAAAUAGGAACUGGGAAGACCUUCACCAUGGAAGGGACUGAAAGGAACAGAGGAGUAAACUAUAGAACUCUGGAGGAGUUGUUCAAGAUUGCCGAGGAGAGAAAAGACACUGUCACGUACAACAUAUCUGUUAGUGUGCUUGAGGUGUACAAUGAACAAAUCAGAGACCUCCUUGCAACAUCCCCUUCAUCUAAGAAGUUGGAGAUCAAACAAGCAGGUGAAGGAUCCCAUCAUGUGCCCGGCAUAGUUGAGGCCAAAGUUGAGGACAUAAAUGAAGUUUGGGAUGUCUUACAAACUAGAAGCAAUUCGAGGGCUACAGGGUCAAACAAUGUGAAUGAACACAGCAGUCGCUCACACUGCAUGCUUUGUAUCAUGGUUAGAGCAAAGAACCUGAUAAAUGGGGGCUGUACAACAAGUAAGCUCUGGUUAGUAGAUCUUGCUGGAAGCGAGCGGUUAGCCAAGACAGACGCGCAAGGUGGUCGGCUCAAGGAAGCACAAAAUAUCAACAGGUCGCUUUCUGCUUUAGGCGAUGUCAUUUAUGCUCUUGCUUCCAGAAGCAGCCGCAUUCCUUACAGGAAUUCCAAAUUGACGCACUUGCUCCAAGACUCUUUAGGAGGCGAUUCGAAAGUUGUAAUGUUUGUGCAAAUUAGCCCAUCCGACAACGACGCGUCGGAAACCUUGAGUUCGUUGAACUUUGCUAGCCAUGUCCGUGGUAUAGAACUGGGCCCAGCAAAGAAGCAGGUCGACACAGCCGAGCUUCAAAAGGUCAAACAGAUGCUUGAAAGGUCUAAGCAGGAAGCCAAGCUAAAGGAGGAAUCUUUGAGAAAGCUGGAAGAGAAGUGUCAAAAUUUAGAGAAUAAAGCCAAGGGAAAAGAGCAGCUUUACAAAAACUUGCAAGACAAGGUGAAGGAGCUUGAAAGCCAAUUAGACUCUAAGAUGCAUUCUCAGAUUACGUCAGAAAAGCACCAGAAUCAGCUUUCUGGAAAACUGAAGGAGAAGGAAGAAGCAUGUAGUGCGCUACAGCACAAGAUAGAGGAGUUGGAGCGUAAGCUUGGACAGCAGCAGCAGUCAGACUCUGAGGUCGCAGCUCUUAAGCAAAUGAUUGAGGAGCUGGAGGUCAAACUGAAGGAGCAGGAACAACAAAGAUCAGCUGCAGAAUCAAAGAGUGUCUGUGGUUCCAGGGUGACGAGGCAGCAGCAGCAGCAGGCGGCGGUGGCGAGUAGCAACAAGACCAAGGGGUGGGAGUAG